UUACGUGAAACGCUGGAGCAUUUUCAAACUUUUCUCUAAAAUGUCUCCAAAUUUGUUCUUAAAAUUUCUUACAAGAAUAGAAAUACACUUAUAAAUGUGACGUAGAUCAUAGGAUUUUCAUUAUUAACUCUGAAUUUUCGAAAAUUGUAAAGUUUGAAACUUAUAUUAGGUAACCAGGCACACGACAGAUUUGUUUGUUUGCUUGCUUUUUGUCUUAUUUUUAUUUGGUUAAAAUUCAUGAGACCGGCAUUCAUGGGAUCGAUGUUUAAUUGAUGUUAUAUUUGCUUUUAUGCGAGAGCAUUGUUAAGUGACAAUCGGAAAGAAACAGGUUUAUGCACAACCGCAAUGGGCACAUGAAAAGACUCGUAAUGUGAUUAUUAUCAUUUCAUCACCAUAAAGUGGUGAUGAUGUCUCAAUGCACCAUCUUUGGCCCUAGGUCACGAUGGUUCGCAAUCACAAUGUUCGCAUAUAAUAUUCUUUGGAUUUUGCGAUCUUAAAGUUUGACUUUGACAAGGUUGUGCAGUUGACAAAUACUGUGAAUAUAUGGCCCUGUUUACCUAACAUACAGCCACUUUCUGUAAAUAGAUUGCUGACUCUUUUACGAUUCGAUGGAGUGUUGAUCGCAUGUGUUUGAAAUGCCGACAGGUAGCAAACUUGACCACGUUUACCGAAGGAUUUUGAUGACAAAAUUCUUCACGAAAGGUUGGGGAAAACCGGACAAUUUGAAAAGGUUGUUUGCAUUCAGAAGAAUUGUGUGUAAACGAGAAACUUGCUACAAAUUAGUUCCAAAUGAUUAUCCUGUAUCGAUUGUUAAGGAAGAAGUUCAUUCAGAUUGCAAGAUUUUACAGGGACAAUUUACUUCCCCAUUUGUGAAACAUCUCCCAGGUUUACUUCCCAAAGAGUCAGAAACGGCACAUUUCCAAGUUAUAUUGCCCAAAAAAUGGAAUUCUGAGCAUUAUAAACCUAUUUGCCUACAUCUUGCUGGAACGGGUGAUCAUGGAUUCUGGAGGAGGAGGCAAAUCAUGGCCAAACCUUUACUAAAAUCUGCAGGAAUUGGUGCGUUGUUAUUGGAAAACCCAUUUUAUGGAUUACGAAAACCCAAAGAUCAAGUACGAUCCAGCCUUCACAAUGUUACAGAUAUAUUUGUUAUGGGUGGUUGCCUUAUUCUGGAAUCGCUUGCUCUUUUUCAUUGGUGUGAGCGAAAUGGUUUUGGACCCCUUGGUAUAUCUGGUUUAUCUAUGGGUGGACAUAUGGCAUCAUUAGCUGCUACAAAUUGGCCCAAACCACUUGUAUUGGUUCCUUGUCUGUCAUGGUCCUCUGCUUCUCCAGUAUUUACCGAGGGAGUAAUGAGUGGUUCGAUCAAUUGGGAUUUGCUAGAAUCUCAGUAUUUUGAAGACGUUGCUCUGUGUGAAGAAAUACGUCAUAUAAUUCACAAAGAGGAGGAUGCAUUUCGAGCAGGACAAGAAUUUGCAAAGCAUUAUCCACACAGCAUGACUCGAGUGGAAGAACUUGACAAACAAAGAAAAGAAGAAAUUACUUUCAUGCCACGUUCUUCAGACUUACUUCCUUCCAAUGCACAAUCAGGCACAUCUGAAAAAAAUAGACCACUCAGUGGGAAAAAUGUUCCCAAUUUUAUUUCAGCAGGUCUUUCACCUCAGGCUACAACAUUCAAGGAAGUCCAAGCUGCUGUGCAAGAGAAUUUUAAAGAGCAAUAUGUUCCAUCUGAAACAGUUUCCAAACAAACAGUGGAACUAUUAGAUGAUCAAAGUAAAGAAAAAUUACAAUCCUUACCGGAGACUGCAAAGCAAGAAUCUAGUAAAAUAGAUAAGUUUUCUUUUUUGAAACAUUUUUAUAAAACAAAAGAGAAACUUAUUGAAUUAACUGAGAAAAGAUCUGAACAGCAAUUACCCAAAAAUGCAAGCUGUUCAUUGACAAAACAUCGAGAUCGUGAAGCUUAUCAGUUCAUGAGGGGAAUUAUGGAUGAAUGUACUCACUUGCAAAACUUUGAUAUUCCUGUUGACACUUCGCUAAUUAUUGCUGUUUGUGCAAAGGAUGAUGCAUAUGUUCCUAGAGAAUCAUCUACACCUUUACAUGAAAUUUGGCCUGGGGCAGAAAUCAGAAUGUUGAAUGCUGGUCAUGUUUCUGCAUACGUGUUGGGUCAGAAUACAUUCAGAAAAGCUAUUAUGGAAUCUUUUGAACGCCUGAAGACAAAAUACAAUUGGGAAGAAAGGAGUCAUCGGUGCACAUAAAUUUAAACACAUCUGUUCAUACAAGUUUUGUGUAGAUGUGUCUGUCUUCAGAUUAUGUUUACACAUAAUCUGAAAAUAAUCUGUAUACCUUUGUUGAUGCAUGGUGUUAAGUUGUAACAUAAUAAAUUUUAAAUCUUCUAAUGGUUCACUGCAGUUAAAAGAAAUGUGUGGGAACAAAGAUUGCUGAAAAAAUUCUUUUUUCAUUGUUAUGAUGAACAAACAGCUAAAAGUUAUCAUGUAGAUGAAGCCUCAUUUUGAGAAUUUUCUUUUGCUUUAGUUUUAGGGUAUUAAAACUUAUCAAUUAUUGUGUUAUGUUGUAUAUUAUAAUGUGGGACUUAAGUCAUAUCAUUUUUUUCAAUUUUGUUUGUGUUUUGUUCCUAAGACUCGAUGGAACAGAUAAUGUUUUUAAUUGCUACUACUGAUUAAUAGUAAUCGUCGGUGGUCUAGUCACAAAAAUGUCAAUUUAAAUAGACUUUUAUAACAUGUUGCAAUUAGUGGCAGUCUUAAAAGUGCUCAUGAAAAAGUAUCAAUUUUAAAUAUUGCAUGUAAAAUAUAUUUCCUGACAGGCUUUUUAUCCUGUUUGAUUAUCAUAGAAUUGGUCAUGUGUAUAUAAUACAAGUAUUUUUGUAGAUAAAUAUUUAUAAAAAGUAUUGUACAGAAAUUGGAAUCCACUUUCUCAACAAUUGGUUUAUGAAGUCAAGAUUCUGUUUCAGGUACUUGUGUGAAGUUAUUUACUGCAUUCAGUUUCAUAACAUGAGUAUCCAUUAUCAGUUUUACAAUGUGUGAUGAGUAGCUGGUGUGAAGGAAAGGUGCUAGAAUAUAAAAGAUUGACCCAAACCUAAUGUUGAAAUGAAUAGUAAUUAUGAAAGACUGACAAAUCAAUACAUUCUAUGUUGUGCUUAGCAAGUGUGCUUUGUAAUUUUGUACAGGUAUUAAAAAUGUGUGUGAAUGUAAUUUUAUAAUUUUAUGAGUAUUAAAAAUUAUAUUUAUAUACAA